CGCAGCCGCAGCGCAUAGCCCGUCUUCUGAUGGCUUGAGUGACUGCUAGAGGAGCUGCGGCAACUGCCUUGCUGUCUGCGCACACACCACGGACCUUUAUACAUUCAGCCUCUCUAUGGACUGGACUGGAGGACUGUUGAAAUCCUCCUCUAGUGUGAAAACUGAGCGUUGACGACGGGCUUGAACCCUCGGUGUGCGCAAGGUUAUGCAACUUUACCUCGCUCCAUGGAAAGUUAAUAUUUAGCUAAAACCCCUGGAAUUGAAAAAGACUUCAAGGUGGCGACAGACAAGGUAGCAGGCAAGCUGAGUUCGACUCUUUCAUGGGUGAAGAACUCAGUGUCGCAUACUGUGAGUCAGAUGGCUAGUCAGGUGGCCACGCCCUCCUCGCUGCACACCACUGUGGCUUCAUCCACUGCCUCACUGUCCUCGCCCUCCUCAGCCUCCCCGUCCCAGCUCAGCCCAGAUGAUGUGGAGCUGUUGGCCAAACUAGAGGAGCAGAACAGGUUGUUGGAGACGGACAGUAAGUCUUUAAAAUCUGUGAAUGGCUCUCGAAGGAACAGUGGCUCAUCACUGGUUUCUAGUUCCUCAGCCUCCUCCAAUUUGUCGCACUUGGAGGAGGAUUCAUGGAUCCUGUGGGGACGCAUAGUCAACGAGUGGGAAGAUGUGUGGAAGAAGAAGGAAAAACAACUAAAGGAACUGGUCAGGAAAGGCAUUCCGCAUCACUUCCGAGCAAUAGUGUGGCAGCUGUUGUGCAAUGCCCAGAAUCUACCCAUAAAGGAGCAAUACUCUGAGUUGCUGAAGAUGACUUCGCCCUGUGAAAAACUCAUCCGCAGGGACAUUGCCCGUACCUACCCCGAGCAUGAGUUCUUUAAGGAGAAGGAUAGUUUGGGUCAGGAGGUGCUCUUUAAUGUUAUGAAGGCUUAUUCGCUGGUCGAUAGAGAAGUGGGUUACUGUCAGGGAAGCGCUUUCAUUGUCGGCCUUCUUCUAAUGCAGAUGCCAGAAGAAGAGGCUUUUUGUGUGUUUGUGAAGCUGAUGCAAGAUUACAGGCUGAGAGAGCUCUUUAAACCCAGUAUGGCUGAACUGGGCCUAUGCAUGUACCAGUUUGAAUUUAUGAUUCAGGAGCAGCUCCCAGAGCUCCAUGUGCACUUCCAGGCCCAGAGUUUCCAUACCUCCAUGUAUGCUUCAUCCUGGUUUCUCACCAUUUUCCUUACUUCGUUCCCUCUUCCUGUAGCUACCAGGAUCUUUGAUAUAUUCAUGUGUGAGGGUUUAGAGGUAGUGUUUCGUGUGGGGAUGGCCAUCCUGCAGAUGAAUCAGACUGAGCUCAUGCAGUUGGACAUGGAGGGAAUGUUGCAGCACUUUCAGAAAGUCAUCCCUCACCAGCUGGAAAGUGGACCAGACAAAGUGAUUCAGGCUGCUUAUCAAGUCAAGUACAAUGCCAAGAAAAUGAAAAAAUUGGAAAAGGAGUACACUACAAUCAAAACCAAGGAGAUGGAAGAGCAGGUGGAGAUCAAGAGACUACGCACAGAGAACAGACUCCUGAAGCAGCGAAUAGAUACUCUGGAGAAAGAAAGUGCUUCUUUGGCAGAUAGAUUGAUUCAGGGUCAGGUGAUACGAGCCCAAGAGGCGGAGGAGAACUACCUGGUCAAGCGGGAGCUGGCCACAGUCAAACAACACAAUGAGGAGACCAGUGCACAGCUGGAGCAAGCGCAAAACGCCAUCCGACAGCUUCAGCAACAGCAGCCAUUUGCGAAAGGGAACCCACGCUACACUGAGGAGUUCAUCCUGCAAUUGGAGAGAGAACUGGUUCAGGCCCGACUUAAGGAGGCUGAGUCUCAGUGUGCACUGAAAGAGAUGCAGGACAAGAUCCUAGACAUGGAGAAGAGAAAUACAUCCUUGCCAGAUGAGAAUAAUGUGGUACGUCUUCAGGAGGAGUUAAUUGGUGUAAAGCUGAGGGAGGCAGAGGCUCUUACAGGGCUUAAAGAGCUUAGACAGCAGGUUAGAGACCUGGAGGAUCAUUGGCAGAGGCAUCUGGCGCGCACAGCAGGCCGGUGGAAAGACAGUCCGCGGAAAAAUGCAAUGAGCGAGCUUCAGGAUGAGCUGAUGAGCGUGAGGCUCAAAGAGGCAGAGGCACAGGCUGAGCUCAAAGAGACCAGACAGAGGAUGCUGGAACUGGACACCCAGAAUCAAAGACAUAGUAAUCAACUGCGGCGAGCAGAACUGGAGGCAAGAAAUCUACAGGAGCGACUGCAGGUUUUGACCAACCAGAACAAGAUGUUGCAUGCAGAGCUACAGGAGAUGAAACGGAAGCAGGCUGAAAUAGAGUGCAAGAAUAAAGAAGAGGUAAUGGCAGUGAGAUUGAGAGAAGCUGACAAUAUUGCUGCCAUGGCCGAGCUUCAGCAGCAGAUCUCUGAGCUUGAGAUUCAGAAAGAGGAAGGAAAGGUCCAAGGUCAACUCAACAACACAGACUCCAGCCAGUACAUCAGACACCUCAAGGAUCAGAUAGCAGAUCUCAAACAUGAGAUCCGAUGCUUAAGAGGGCAGCAGGGAUUACCCGACCAACCCAGUUUUGAUGGGAUUCACAUAGUCAAUCACUAUGGAGGUGACAAUGAAUCCUACCAGUCCUCUGAUGAAGAUGGAGUGAAGCUGUCACCCCACCUGACCAGUCAUCAGGUUAGAGGCCGGAUCACACUACAUCCAAACCUGGGGGACUCAGAAAGUGAGGGUGAUGAGGAAGGAGAUACCCUUCGACUUACUGUGCCCUCAAAUGGCAGCCAUAAGACAACUACAGUAUGAGUGUAUGGAUUGGUGACACAAACUGCAAUCUAAGGUCAGGGAAGGUAACAUGGUCUGUAAGCUCGUCCUACAGCAUUGAGCAUUGGACUCGAACAGGAGAACUUGAAAAGCCCUCAUUCAUCUUUACAAAUGGACUUGUGGAGUCCUUAUCUAUCUCUCUAAAAGGUCAUGGUUUACAUCUGCAUUUGUUUUGUUUUUGCCAAAAUGCGUCAGAUGUUUGUCCUGGCACUACUUUUAAUUUUAGCCACGAUAAAGUCGGUUAAUGUGCCUUUUUAGGCUCUUUGAGACCCUUGUAAAAAAAGUAAUAAUUUUGUGGCACGAGAUUCCCAAACCUUAAAAAGGGGUGUUUCUAAUACCCCACAAUUUUUUUUUUCACAUUAUGAGAAGCAACUUUGUAUAGCGUCGUGUUUUAUGCAUUAAGAUUUUGCAUCGUCAUAGCUUUUAUUUUUUAAAGUCAUCCUUUUUUAAGAAACCAGUCCAUGCUUCACUUUGAGGGAUAUUAAUGAAUGGAACACUAUCAUCUUUAUAAUGACAUUUAUAUGUUCCAUAUUUAUACAACGGUGUCAUAUCUAAAGUUAUCAAGUCCUUUUUUUCCCUGGCAUGAAUUAUAAGAUUGGGUCUUGAACACAUUAUGAAAUGUGGGUCAAGGAACCAGCAUCUAUGUAAAUAUGUACGUUUUGAUUUUUUUUUUUUUUUCAUCUCCAUUAUUACUUGAAAAUAUGUAUUCAGUGGAUGUCAUGUCUAUUGUAAUGUAUUGUACAGUUAAAGGAUGUAUUACUGAAUUUGGGAGGUCUUUGGAGGCAACAACUCUUCCUGGCACACUGCUGUCCAAUAACUUUUGUACUGUAGCUUUGAUGUAGUCAUUUCUCUAUUUCACAGGAUGGAGUUUUGAUUUGUUUUUGUGCCUGGAAAGAUUCUAUGAAAUUCUUGCUGAUUUACAAUAUUUUCUACAAAUGUGGUAUGCAGAGCAUGUUAUGAAUCAUGAAUAGCUGCAAACUGAUGCAAUUAGAGGCAGAGAGCGGUGUUUAUCAGAACAAUGUUCUCCCCUCUCUGGCCUUACUCAAGCCAAGCACUCACAGCUAUCGCAGGCAAUGAGAAUACAAGUAUACACACACUGCCCCUCCUUUUCGUUUUACAUGCGUAUUCGUGCCGACUAGCUUUUGAAUCAGUUUGGAUCUUUGCACAGAUGACAUAUGACUUCACGAUAAUGAAAUACUACUUAUCCCUGUUUAUGGCAAUAUAUUUAAUUGAGCUUCACUCUACACUGUUGUUCUCCAAUGAGUUUUUAUGUCCCAGUGGACUUUGAUAGUCGUCUUCAAAGCAAAAGAAUAAAGUAAUUUCAGAGAGCAAGCCUUAAAAUGAUGGAUGUAUAGUUGGUACACUAUUUGUCCACCUUGCCCACAUACAAAAUAAAGACUUUGCUAAACGAGCUUGCAAAGCACAAAACACUAAAGUGAUUUAAAGCAAUUAAGAAUAACCGUAGUGAUAUAAACUAAAACCUUACAAAAGUUGAGUGUUUAACAGUGAAUUCCUGUGGAAUGUUCCUGUGGGCAUGAAACGCUUAACAGACUGUUGACAAUGCAAGAUAUGUGUCUUGAAGAUGAUGGACGUGUUGAUUCAUAUCACAAUAAAAAGACCAUUUUAUAGUU